GUCGAGGAAGUCAAUACCUGCACAUCUGCCUUCCCCUUCCCCUUGCCCUUCCAGUGCGGGUGCUCCGAGUCGCACCUGCUUCAGCCGCCGCCUGCACAACCUCAACACGUUCUGACUCAGCUUUCUGGCAGCUUCCACUCUCCAGCUUCCUUUCACCGUACACACAGCUCUCGUGCACCAUUGAGAGCUCCGACACCACCUACUCAUCCAUAGCUGAAUCAAUCCGCCUGCGAGCACAAUUACGCCCCAUCACUCGUUGAGAGACAUUCACCGUCAAGAUGGUGGGAUUGGGACCGAGACGGCAGCCGAGCCGUCGUGGCUCGAUGGCGGAUAUCCCCAAGGACAUCCUUGGCGAGAUCAAGAGACUUGAGGAGAUGUUCACUGUGGACACCUCCAAGCUCAAGGCUAUCACUGAGCACUUCCAAAAGGAGCUGGCCAAGGGUCUUUCCAAGGAAGGUGGCAGCAUUCCCAUGAACCCGACUUGGGUCAUGGGCUUCCCAACUGGCCACGAGACUGGCACCUUCCUGGCUCUCGACAUGGGCGGCACCAACCUGCGUGUCUGCGAGAUCAACCUCCCGGAAGAGAAGGGAGAAUUCGACAUCAUCCAGUCCAAGUACCGCAUGCCAGAGGAGCUCAAGACGGGCAACGCUGAAGAGUUGUGGGGCUACAUCGCCGACUGCCUGCAGCAGUUCAUCGAGUACCACCACGAAGGUGAGAAGCUGGAUAGGCUCCCGCUUGGCUUUACCUUCUCUUAUCCAGCUACCCAAGAGUACAUCGACCACGGUGUUCUGCAGCGCUGGACCAAAGGCUUCGACAUCGAUGGUGUCGAGGGCAAGGACGUCGUCCCUCCAUUUGAGAAGGCUCUUGAGGAGCGUGGUGUGCCCAUUAAGCUGACUGCCCUCAUCAAUGACACCACGGGAACCUUGAUAGCUAGUGCCUACACUGAUACCGAGAUGCGCAUUGGAUGUAUCUUCGGCACUGGCUGCAACGCGGCCUACAUGGAGCACGCCGGCGAGAUUCCAAAGCUCGACCACAUGAAGCUCGAUCCCAAGCAAGAGAUUGCCAUCAAUUGCGAGUGGGGCGCGUUCGACAACGAGCACAAGAUCCUCCCCCGAACCCAGUACGACAUUAUUAUUGAUAAGGACUCACCGCGUCCGGGACAGCAGGCCUUUGAGAAGAUGAUUGCCGGUCUGUACCUCGGCGAGCUCUUCCGCCUCGUGCUGGUCGAUUUGCACGAGAAGCCAGGCAUCCAUCUGUUUGAGGGUCAGGACAUCUCUUCGCUCAAGAAGCCUUACUCGCUCGAUGCGUCCUUCCUCUCGGACAUCGAGAACGAUCCGUUCGAGAAUUUGCAGGAGACGUACGACAUGUUCUACGACAAGAUGAAGAUCAACUGCCAGAAGCCAGAGCUCGAAUUGAUUAGGCGUCUUGCCGAGCUGAUUGGAACGCGAUCUGCCAGACUUAGUGCGUGUGGUGUCGCUGCGAUCAGCAAGAAGAAGGGUUACAAGACGUGCCACGUUGGUGCUGACGGAUCGGUAUUUAACAAGUACCCUCACUUCAAGGCUCGUGGAGCACAAGCUCUGAAAGAGAUACUUGACUGGGAGACUGGUCGCGACGGCAAGCCGCUUGGCAAAGGCCACGAUCCGAUCGAGAUCAUGCCGGCUGAGGAUGGAUCUGGUGUCGGAGCUGCCCUGAUCGCGGCCUUGACACUCAAGCGUGUCCAGGAAGGCAACCACGCCGGCAUCCGUGACGCGAAGAGCAUGCUCGCCGGUACUGCCGCCGCCAAGCCCAACUCCAAGGACGUCUAGGAGACGCUGAAGAAGAAGGUGGCGCAGCGUAAGAACUCCAAGGAGUUCGACGAAGAUCCAGUGCACAAGUUCAUGCACGCUGGCAAGACUGACACUUGGGUCCGCAUCCCAAGUGACUCGAACAUUGCUGGCAAGGGCAAGGGCAAGGCUGCAAACUAAGUCGGAUCUGAAUGAACGAUGCGGAACGAUGACCAAGGCGAUGCGAGCAGAAGGUGUGACUGGGUCACGGUCCUGAUAGUCGCGUCGCUAGACACGAGAACAACGACAUGGCCCUGAGACUCUCGUCGCGAGACACGAGAGCAUACGAUUAGCUUCCUAUACAAAAUUGAGAAGGGUGUCGCUUAGUGGGCGGCACUUCAUUUCAUUUGAC